UGUGUCACUACUCCAGAAAUCUUUGCAAAAGUGCACAAAAUAUUUACGGAGGAUCGCCGAUUGAAAGUGCGUGUAAUUGCUCACGCUUGCCAGAUGUCAUCAUUUUAACUGACGAAUUAGAAGUUAAAAAAACUAUCUGCAACAUGGGUGCUGCGAGACUUGAUGCUGUAUCUAAAACGCAUGCCGUCUCCUUGGCAAAAUUGCACGAACUAAGGUAUGAAUUGUUGCCUUAUUCACCUGAUAUGCCUCCGUCAGACUUCCAUCUCUUUCCAGAACUGAAACUUUUCCUUGGUGGACGAAGAUUCACUUCAAACGAAGAACUCAUAGCCGGAGUUGGUAAAUGUUUUGCAGGCCUAGAGGAUAUUCAUUUUCGAGAUGGGAUCAAGGGACUGGAACAUCGUUGGACCAAGUGCACUAACCUACAUUGAAAAAUAAAGUAAGUUUCAGCGAUGUAACUAUCUUUGAAAGCACCCUAGUAUAUUCGGCGCCAAUAAAAACUUGUUUCAAAAACGCGAAGGUCCCGCGUUCGAGUCCCGCUCCUACACGCGUUUGUAAUCUUUCAGGGCGUUUGAAGUCAGGUCGCGCUUUACAUUCUCCCACGCGCUGUAGUGCAUGAUUUGGAUUGCCGAUUUUAACCCCGCAGUCUGUGUGUUACAGGCGGCCGGUGCUGAGUGAACGCCUGCUGGACUACCAGGAGUGGUACCUCUCCUUUCGUGACGACUUCAGCGCGCAGUGCGAGGAGCAGCAGCCAAAGGCGGCAAAGAUGUUCGGUCUCGCCGACGCGGUCUACUCCUUCUAUCGGAUCAACUGGCUGACAACUAAAUAUAGCCCAUCUGUCAGAGACUUCAUAGAUGAGAAGUGGCAGCUGGAGGACCAAAGCAACGCCGUGCUCAACGUGGACACUGACUGCCUGCAGCUGUUGGCUGAUGUCCUGGAGCACCCCACGUGCCCACUGGACGACCUGCCACCGGAGACCAUCCAGCAGCGCCUACAGUGCCGCGAGCAGCUGUGGAGCGACGUGGUGCAGAGGUCGCCCCACGUACCCGUCACCAGCUACCUGGCCUACACGCAGAGGGUGAACGUCAACCUCUGUCUGCUGGCCUGGAUGGCAGUCAACUCGAGGCUCCCCGCAGAGCAGAGAGGCAGGAGGCUGAUCCUGGUGACUGAGCAGGGAGCAGUGGGGGAGAUGAGGACGCUGCUCGCCGUGGGGGCCGACGUGGGGGCGAGGGGUGGGGCGAGGGGGUGGACCGCCCUGCACGUCGCAGCAUCCAGGGGAGACGUCGAGGCGACACUGCUGCUGGUGGAUGCGGGGGCGGCUGUGGACGCCAGGAGCACCUGGCAGCAGUGGACGCCUCUGCGCGUGGCUGCGGAGAGGGACAGAGCCGCUGUGGCGCGGCUGCUGUUGCGGGCUAACGCCGACCACAAGGCCAGGGAUGGCAGUGGGUGGACGCCGCUGCACUUGGCUGCACGCUGUGGCAACGCAGAAGUGGUGGCUGCCCUGCUCGAGGCGGGGGCCGACAGGGAUGCCACAACUGGUGACAGUGGGGCCACAGCGCUGGACCUCACCAGGGAGAACAAGGACAGUCGGCUGAUGGAGAUGCUGUCAUGA